AUGGCACAAACAGGGAUCAAACUCAGAGACUGCAUUCGUUCUUGCGAAGAAACAUGGGUAGAAGAAACAAAACAAGAAGCCUCUCGUGGGAACGUAGAGGCUCAAAUAACUUAUGCACAAGUAUCAUUCAUGUAGAUGCUCAUCCGAGGAGUAGGAGGCAUGCGUCAAAACAUUAACUUGGGAAUCCAAUAUUUGAGAACUGCUGCUAAAAAAAGUGCAGAAGCUUCAAUUAAACUUGGAAAAAUAUAUCUGAAAGGUAAAAUUGUACGUCAAGAUCUCAAUGAAGCUUAUUUUUACUUAAGACUUGUGACACUUUAUAAAUGUAAAUGUGGGAGGUUUGCAGAACAAUAUCAUGCAAACCGAGUUAGUAACGUACAUUUAUGCUACCCUACAGAAGCUCUUGAAUAUUUGCGACAGCUUCCUAAUGAUCCUAUGGCUGAACAACGAUUUAGAGACCAAUUCGCAGCAUGGAGGGAUAAUAAAUCAAUCCAUAGAUAA